AUGGUCAAGCUACCCAACUCAAGUGCGACUGCGGCAGGCGAGGCUGAUGGGGCGGUUCGUCGGGACGCGCCAGCGGCGCCGCAAGAUGAUGAACGGAAAGCACUCUUGGGGGGAACUCCAGGUUCCGACAAGCGGGGCGUUAAGAUCCAUGAGGGUCUGCACACGCCGGCCAGCGGAGACCCGAACGACCGGAUGCAAGCGCCGCAUCGGCGGUAUUUGAAGCGGUUGCGUCAUUUGGAGAGGUUGUACGCCAGGCUGCAGAUCUUUCGGUGUCUACUUUCGGUCGCUGGCGCUCUAAGUCUUUCGGGUCUCCUUCUGGGUGCCCUCGUCCUCUGUCUACUCGUCCUCUCGGACCCAAUCUCUUUCCGACACCACCUUGCAACGGCAUGCUCGCUGGUGAAGGCGUUUGGAGGCGCCAUCUUGGCCACGGCAUUUUUGGGCACCUUCGUGAGCCUUGCGCUCUUCCUCAGAUUCAAAGUUGGAACCAUUGUCUUCUUCGUUCCGUUGUAUCUCAAAUCCCUUCUCCUCGCUCUUCUCCUGGCGACUGUCUGUGCGCAGCCGCAAAAACUGGCUGAAAUUUUGUUCGGUUCUUCUACGGCGGCCUUGUCUUUCUACAAUGCAGCCCCCUACCUGUUUUUAGCCUUCGCGCUCCUGCUCUAUGGCGUCGUCGCGGAUACUCCUCAUCUCUGUGCCUGGAUUUCUCUCCCUCUGCUAAUGGCCACGCAAGUCCUUGUCCUCGUCUUCCGUCCUCCCUCUCACUUUGGCAGGUCCUUCGCGUGCCUCUUCUCCGUUCUCGAGAGUGCGCCCUCGUGGAUCGCGUUCUUGAUGCUUCUGAGGCUGCAUGCCAGCCGCGCUGCCGUUUACUCUAUCGCCCUAUAUCGCCAGAAAAACAUUUCGUUUUUCCGGCCUCCGGACUCACGGAUUAUUCGGCAACCCUUUCCUUCGCUUCCGCCCAUCUCACAGGACAGGCCGGUCGCGUUUUGCAUGGCAGAAACGCGGCCUCCAGACGACACACGCGGCCCCGCGGCAACUCGACGUCUCGACCGUACUGGAGGUCCUCAGUCGCCUCGAAACAGCAAAGCGGCGAAUGAAGUUCCAGGAGAACUUCGCUCUCUGCUGCGUCUUUUCUCUCCGAGUUCUUCUCGCUCGGAACCCGCCACUGCCGCUUCCAAUAUCCAUGCGUGUCCUCAGGGCCCCUCACAGGAGGCGAAAUCUGGGCCGCCAGGUUGCCACGCGAGCGCGGGAACUCCAGAUCAACAGACGAAACACCUUGUUGCAACAUACAGUGCGUUUGCUCAGCAAAACUUGUGGCGGCAUGCCGUGACGGCGGUCGGCUGUGGGUUGGUUGCCGCUGGCAUCCUUUCUCUCUCUGUACACUUCGCUCUUUACACUUCUCUCUCUUCUUCCUCUCCUCCCAGCUUCCUGGACGUUUUCACGCCCACUGGAGGCACAGGACAGGCGGGAUCUCCAGUUCACGAGGGCCAGUCGCAGAUGGUACUGCCUCCAGCAGAUGAGGGCCUCUCGUUGCCACGCGCGAGAAAAGGCUUCGCAGCUGCUACGCGUGGCCAGGGUUCAGACACCUCGAGACCUGCAGGCAGCUUUGUCGAAGGCAACGAUCAGAGCUUUACAGAAGCGUACAGGAUGCCAUAUGCACUGAUGGAUGCGGCGAGGGUUCGGGGGUUGCCGCCCGAAAGUCUCUCUUCUGAGACGCAUGCUGUUCAAACUCUAUUCGCACAUAAUCUGCGCCAGCGACAAUUGCCCAGAAGGCAUCGAGGACGUAGUACUGCGUCGUGGGUCCCCCCGCCUGAAGGUUCUCAGCAUGAGACACUGGCCCCUUUCGCUUUCCUGGCACGGCCCGGUCCCCCGUCACCAAGCUGGCCGACCAGGUUUUAUCCAGGUGAAUUCGGCGCUCGAGAGGGACCGGGGAAACCUGAUGUUACAGACUACGUGUCAGAGUCACCCCGCGUCCCCGCCCCAGGAUCCGGGACACCCUCAGCAGAGGCCGAUCUCCGGUCAUCUGAAGGUCGUGCCGCCCUUCUUCUCUGCGGUCUCGCUUUCCUUGGAGGCGGCGCGGCUCUUGCGAGCGUCCAACUCGUCUGGCUUCUAGCACGGUGGAUCGACAAUCUUCUCUUUGCGAUCAUGGCGCCGAUAAAUCGAAAUUCACCGUGUGUGCUCAAGGCUCCCGACAUACCGCUGCCUCCAGUACACCCGGAACUUGGGCAGUGCGGUCCACUGCUUUCACAGCUUUUGCAGAUGGAGACGACGGCCAAUGAACUGAACAAGAGCCAAGAAACUCUGGCUGCAGCCCCGGGAAGCGAGAGUGACUCCGAGGCUCAGCUAUCUGCCGCUGGUGUGGACUCCUGUAUCGAGGGCUCAGAAUCAAACCACGAAGAAUUGUGUGUAACAGAGUGGGAGAAAGAGAUGGACGGAGGAUAUGGUCAACAGGCCCUAUGCGAAAGCGGUAAGGGCACUGGGUUGGAGGGACAGUAA